AUGCUGCCUCGUAGCAAUAGUGAUGUCAACUUCAUCCCUCUAGCUGUACUCACUCUUGAGUCUUCUCAGAAGCGUCUAGGAAAGUCAUGGGAACCCGUCCUCGGUCUCUUGCGCGAGAUGCGGGAUUCCGACCUGCCGGACGAACCCGAUAUUGACCUACUCCCGCCGAUUGACCAUUAUCUGUCCCGUGCCGACCAUCAUUCAGUCAUUCGCGAUGCUCUCUGGACCCUUUCUUCAGAAGUGACCAUUGACGCUAAGGAUGUAUCCAUCACUCUGCGCACAAUGUCUCUCGUGUAUCAGCUAUACGCUGGGCGCACUAUGGCCGCAUUUCGCGUUCAUCGCGCUCUCCCGCAUCCGGCCGAACAGCCCGGCGAUUUCGCGACUUAUAUGCAGCCAAUGAACCGCGUGGCCAACAUCCUCUUCAUGUGGCGUGGUACCGAGCGCUUUCGUUCUCUGUACCCAUUCAUUCCCCAAUUCACAACGCAACAACUUACAUCCAUCACACUCCAUCGCCUACACAGUGGUCUGACCGAAAGGGAGUUCUAUCGCGCCUUCCGCCGUCGCCAGCUACUCGCUUGGCUCGGCCUUAUCUACGAGAUCCUGAAUCCGAGGGUCCCGCUCGAAAUGAACAUCAAGCCCAUAGUGCUUCUCAGGACCGCGGAACGCAUAGUCCCCCCUCUCGAUGGUUUUCACAUUCAAACUGAAUGGCUUGCGGCGCUGAUUGAACGAGGAGCGAUCUCCACUACCUCGGUCGACAAUUUGUCUCCUGAACAACUCUUUGCGCUGCGUAGAGCCCAUGUCAUAUGGCGCGUGGUCAAGAAGCGGUGUAUAGAGUGUCAUAGGAAGAUCGUUGAUGAUAUAAGCCCUCGACAAUGCAGUGAUUGUCACCGGGUCAUCUACUGCACUAAAGGCUGCCAAGCUCGACACUGGGAGGCUUCACAUCGCGAAAUCUGCAAGAUUUGGCAUGCCGUCAAUGUGCGUUCGAACGAGCCGGAGAUUCGUAAGCGUAUGGAAGCGCUGCCCAUCGAUAUUACUUCGAUCUUUGAAGAAUGA